AUGCCCAGCUUCAUUAGGCGGUGGGCACCUGGUGCGGCGCGGCGAGAGAAGGGAGCCUUCCGCGCCCUCGCUUCAGCUGGGAGGGCGGCCGCGCGCUCUGGCCUCUGGGUGGUCGUGGGUGCAAAGUUGCCCACUUUGGAAGAUAAAGAUGCCCUGGCUGCGUUUGAGAACUUGAGAAGGCAAAAAGAUAUUUGUAUUUUAAAACUACUUCCAUUGCAUUUGCAGCGCCUGAUUAAUCUCACUGAGCUGACCCCGUAUAUCCUGUGUUCCAUUUGCAAAGGUUACCUAAUAGAUGCAACUACAAUUACAGAAUGCCUUCAUACCUUUUGUAAAAGCUGCAUUGUAAGACAUUUUUACUAUAGCAACAGAUGUCCAAAAUGCAACAUAGUAGUACAUCAGACACAACCUCUUUAUAACAUAAGGUUGGACCGACAGUUGCAAGACAUAGUGUACAAAUUAGUGAUCAAUCUAGAGGAAAGAGAAAAAAAGCAAAUGCAUGAUUUCUAUAAAGAAAGAGGUCUAGAAGUGCCUAAACCUGCUGUGCCACAGACAGCUCCUUCAAGCAAAGGAAGAACUAAGAAAGUCCUAGAAUCAGUGUUUCGUAUUCCACCUGAACUAGAUAUGUCUUUGUUACUGGAAUUCAUUGGUGCUAAUGAAGGCACAGGACAUUUUAAGCCAUUGGAAAAGAAGUUUGUCCGAGUUUCAGGAGAAGCAACUAUUGGGCAUGUAGAAAAGUUCCUCAGAAGAAAAAUGAGUCUUGAUCCAGCUUGUCAGGUAGACAUCAUCUGUGGCGAUCACCUGCUGGAGCGGUACCAGACUCUGAGGGAGAUCCGGCGGGCAGUAGGGGAUGCAGCAAUGCAGGAUGGUCUGCUCGUUCUUCAUUACGGUCUAGUGGUUUCUCCUCUGAAAAUAACUUGAAGAGGCAAGGAGGGGAAGAAAGUAAAAGGAGGCUUCUGCAGGACUGCAUUUCACCAAAGAUUUCCACAGAACAUAUCACCACCACCCCUUCAUGCUGUCAAGACUUAGUGGAUCUGUUUUUAGCACCAGGAUACAACUUGGGACGUGGAAUACAUCUGUGUCAUUGGAGACCAUAUAAAAAGCACCAGAGCUCAGGGAAAAUUUUUCAAAACAUUGAAUUUAAAAUUCCUUGUGAUUCCAGAUACUUUGACAUCGAUUUUCGCUUCCGGUCUUUGAAGUGAAUUGGUUACUCUGUCAAGUGUAUCCCUUUCAAGUUGGUGGUUGGGCAGGCAUCUUUUUGAGGAAAGGAAGUGUGCUGUGGACAGAAGGCUCGGAGCCAGCCGUUGCUCAGCCACAAGGUGCAGAACGCAGAAUGGCGGGCCGCUUUUGAGCUUUCGCACGUUGCCAUCAUCUUUUGAACUUGUGUCUGUUUCGUUCAUCCUAGCAACACCACUGUGCAGGUGGUAUUCAGUCCUAAAACAGAUGGGUCACCACUAUUCUAUGUGAAGAGGCUGUUUCCUAUAGGGUUUAUUGCCUGCGCCAAAAGCCUUCAGUUUAAUGAGAUUAACAUGUUUCACAAUAAGAGGUGCUUAUUUGUGGUUAUGUUUUUAAUUUUAUUUGCAUUCAAAGUAUGGUUGUCACCUUGUAAUGACAUUGCUCCUGAAAGUAAUAAAAAAAUUCAGGUGAAUUUCAGAAGUUUACAGAAUACUUGUUAUUUCCUCAGUAAACCAGCUUAAUGUUCAUUUUCCCAUUAUUUUUCACUGGGAUAAAGAAUAAGGAUUUUGAGAGCUUUUCAUGCACAGA